AUGGAAGAAGACACACAACCCAAUCAGAUUGAUGGAUCAAGCACAUCGGUUGAACCUGCAACAAGCACUAGGAAGAACCUAUCUCUGCAUCGAUGUUUCAUAAACACUGAAACAUUUGCCAGGAUGCAACGAAUAAUGGAAACACAUAGUCAAUUCAGAGAAUGCAUCCGUGAUGGGAAUUGUCUGUAUAUCUCAUAUGCAGUGGCCCUUGUAGAUCUUGUAUGUACUGAGAAUAAGUUAUUUGAAACACUGUUGAAUGUAUUUGAUCAGAUAAAUUCGAGGUUUAUUUCACGCGGGAUUGAAAAGUUGGGCUUUUCAGGUUUUCAUGAAACAUUUGUUGAAGUGCUGAAAGGCGUUAUGGAUGGUACUCUCAUAGUGGAAGAUAUUCCGCUAUACACAUGGUAUGAUUGCGUUGCGUAUCUGAGACUUGUUGUGUCCACAGAGCUGAAGUGCAAUUCAGAUAUGUACCAGUUAUACAUUCCAGACAUGGGUGUUGAUGAAUACUGCUCAAUACACGUGAAUCCGUUCUUCAAGCAUGCAGGAUGCAUCGAGAUCUGUGCACUUUCAAAUAGCAUGCCUAUAGCAAUUAAGAUUGUGGACGUUGGAAAGGACGUAAUUGAUACAUAUGCAGAUCACAAUCAAAGUAUCUCAAUACUUUAUGCACACAGUCAUUUCGAGCCAUUGUAUGAGCAUGAAUCUUCGCUUGAUGAGCUCGUGUGA